AAAUGGUCGUAUCAGCUACUGUUCCGUCUCAGUUUUGCACACAAAACUCCAGCAGUUAUGCACACUAUCGCUGCUCCUCGUUAUUUUAUUUACUUUGCGCGUGUUUUAAGUGACGGAAUUUUAAAAAUUUGUCAGUGAACUCGUGUAGAAAAUAUGCCUAUUGUUUCUUCGUAUAAGACUAAUUUUCAUGUGAACUGUUUGGCCCGUGCACUUUAUGACAAUGUCGCCGACAGUCCUGACGAAUUGGCAUUCCGGAAGGGUGACGUUUUGGUCGUUUUAGAACAGAAUGCUGGAGGUAACGAGGGAUGGUGGUUAUGUACCCUAAGAGGAAGACAGGGUAUUUGUCCCGGUAAUAGGCUACGUCUUAUAGCAGGUGUUUAUGAAGAUACGGGACAAAGCAGAGGUGCGUCACCGUUGCCCCAGUUUCCGGAAGUGAUUGGAGAACUGAACACUUUACAACGACAGGGAAAACGUCGAAGCUGGCAUGUUCAACCUAACAAGGUGCUGACCCCUAAAAAAUACAACGACGUUUAUUUAUACGACGUACCACCGAGAGCUGUACCUAUAUCGUAUGACGUGCCAGGAUCUGUAUGUUACGACGCCCCACGCAGCUGCUCCCGAUGCUCACCUGCACCCUCUUGUGCGUCACCAGCUAGUAGGGACUCAAUAGACAAUAGUUACGACAUUCCCCGACCAACCAUGUUUCCUUCUGGACAUUCCCUAUCAUUAACGCCAUCUAGUUCUGCAAGUUCCCUUACAACCGUUGAUUCACUUGGCUCGUCAAACAGAAAUAGCAUCAGUAAUAUGCCUGACUAUGAUGUUCCUCGAUCUCAUCCUAAAGGACCGCAAUUGGUCCUUAGUCCUCCUCAAAAUGAAAUAUACGAUGUUCCUUCAUCUAACCCUCAACUAAAAGAGUUACCUCUAGAAUUAGGAUCAGCGUUGGAAAUAUUAGAAAAGCUCCAGACUGAAACGACAGCUUCAAUUUCAAAACUUUUAGGAUUUGUAAGUCCACACUGGAGAACCAAAGAAAAAUUAGAGGCGAAUAUAAUGGAUAUAAAAUUGUCUGUGAUCAGAUUACGAACGUCGCUGCGAGAUCUCAUGGAAUUUUGCGUUGGUGCUUUAGGAAAUGCAACUCGUGCUUCCGAUAAAAACUUGGCCAUUAAAAUAACCCCUCUUGUUGGUGCUCUUCAGGCCUCUGAUAAAUUAGUUUAUGAAGCUUCCAACCAGUUACAAAGUAUAAAUUGGUCAGUAGAAGCGUUAGCUCAAGGAGAAGACGCCGACAAAAUAAAACCUGAUGCUUUAGAACAACUUAUAGCAUGCGCUAGAGCUCUUACAGAAGACGUGCGGCAAGCAACUUCCUUUAUUCAAGGAAAUAGCACGUUACUUUUUAAAAGGAACGUUUCAACACCAUUAAUAAAUAAUAACGAAGAAGCGCACGACGAUUAUGAUUAUGUAAAAUUGGAAUCGAAAGAAGAAGUCGCCAAAAAACAAGCAGAUAUUCGGAACUGUUUACCAGAUAAACUUAAAAAGGGUUAUGAUACUCUUGUAAAGAACGCUAAUGAGUCGGCGAUGUCUGCUGAUGCUAAAGGCAUAGAGAUCAUGGACCAAGACGACAAAAAAAUUAUUCUGUAUUUCGCAACACAAGCGGUUACACAUCAUAAUAGUUUAACGCAGGCAAUCGAUGCAUUUUUGCAAACGGUAGAACAUAAUCAACCGCCUAAAGUUUUCUUGGCACACGGAAAGUUUGUAGUGUUGAGUGCUCAUAAAAUGGUGCACAUAGGAGAUGUAGUUCAUCGAAAUAUAACGAACAAUGAUUUAAAAAUGCGAGUAUUAAAUUUCGCUAAUGCACUCUCAGAUGCACUUGCGAGCAGUGUAAAUAAAACGAAACAAGCCGCAUUGCAGUUCCCAAGUGUUACGGCCGUUCAAGAAAUGGUCGACGCUGUUGUGGAUAUAUCUCACCUCGCCAGAGACUUAAAACUGUGCUUAUUACAGGCUGCACAACCAUAUAUUUAAUUAUUUAUAAGAAACGCGACGUAACAAAAAUACAAUAAUUCCGCCAUUGUUUUGGAAUGACCGUUAAAACGACAAAUAAUUAUUUACACUAAUNUUAAUACGUAAUUA